AUGACGGUCCCCUACGGAGAUCCUCGCUCCCCAUAUCACCGCAAGCAGGCAUUUGACCUUGGCGAUUUGGGCUUUGGUAUCACCUCCAACACGUUGACACUGUGCUGCGACUGCUUGGGCCUCAUUGCGUACCCCGAGGGUGCUCGGGGGUCGGGAUCCGGUGUCUCCAUGGUUCGUAAUCGCCUGUUGGUGAUUCAGUGCACGGCCACUGUUCUGAACUACGAAUACAUUCUCGCUUUCGUCCUUGAACAGGUAGCUAAUCUUCACAUCUAUUUCAAAGCUACGGGCAUCGUGUCGAUCGACCAUGCCCAUCCGCCAAAGACGCUUUCACUGUGGGGAAUAGUCGUUGCUCUAUGUGUCCUAGCUGUUAGCCAUCAACAUCUGUUCUAUCUACGCAUCGAUCCAGCCUUAGACGGGGUACAGAACACAGUCAUCUAUGAUGAUAUUAAGUCCGUUAUGGACGAUCCUCAGCUGGACCUCUUGGGUGUAGUGUUUCGUGUCCACACGACGCCCAUCACCUAG